CUAGCACACCUUGCGUAUCAGAUUCAUUCUACCGAAGCUCCUCCCCAUGUACAGCAACCCAAAACCAGACGACAACAGAGCCUUCGAAAAAUUAAUUAUAAAAGCAAAAAGAAGACGAAGAAAAGUGAAAAGCAGAACAGCAGCUGCUGCAGAAUCAGGAAUUUUGUUGGUUUUCAAUAGCAAUUCAAAUUGCGUGACGAUUUACCUUCUUCUUUCCUGUUUCCCGAAACAGGAAUCGCUCGACUGGGGCAGAGGAGAGGAGAAAUGGAGAAUCGGAAAUAUCUGGACGAGUUGAAUGUCGCCGUGAGGGUGGUUCACAUGGCUUGUUCCCUCUGUGAAAAGGUGCAGAAGCAAUUACUUUCCGCAACUACCGAUCAGGUUAAGUCCAAGGACGACGAUUCUCUUGUCACCGUUGCAGACUGGAGCGUGCAAGCUACAGUAAGCUGGAUGCUUUCAGAAUCUUUUGGCAGACAAAAAACCUCCAUUGUUGCUGAAGAAGAUAUUCAAACUUUGUCAAAGCCCGAAUCAUCAUCUUUACUAGCAAUGGUUGUCGAUGCUGUGAACGGAUGCUUGGCAGAGGCACCCAGAUAUGGUCUCCGAGGUCCUGAAAAACCACUAUGUGCUUCACAAAUUCUUGACGCAAUAAGUCAAUGUAACUCAACUGGAGGCCCUUUAGGUAGGCACUGGAUACUCGAUCCUGUAGAUGGAACUCUAGGUUUCGUGCGUGGAGAUCAGUAUGCUGUUGGUCUUGCUAUGAUUGAUGAAGGAGAGGUGGUGCUUGGAGUUCUUGGGUGCCCUAAUUAUCCGUUGAAAGAUGAUGAGUUAAACAAUUACAGUCAACAAAAUAUUGUUACAUCAAAAAUAUCAUCAGGGGAAUUAGGAUGUGUGAUGUACACGAGCAAAGGCAGUGGAAAAGCUUGGAUGCAACCUUUAGUUCAAGUUGGGAAGAAACUUGAGGGGACAAAUUCUGCAAAGCUUGUACAAGUUUCUUCCAUUGAAGACCCUGAAUCGGCUACAUUCUGUGAACCAGUGGAAAGAACUAAUUCUAACCAUUCAUUUACAGCAGGCGUUGCUACCACUGUUGGUGUAAGGAAGAAGCCACUGCGGGUUUAUAGCAUGGUCAAAUAUGCAGCCAUAGCCCGAGGAGAUGCUGAAAUUUACAUGAGAUUUGCAAGAUCUGGAUACAAGGAGAAAAUAUGGGAUCAUGCUGCAGGUGUACUAAUUGUGCAAGAAGCUGGUGGUGUUGUGACCGAUGCAGGUGGCCGCCCCCUCGACUUCUCUAGAGGAAUAUACCUAGAAGGUGUUGAUAGGGGCAUAAUUGCCUGUUCUGGAAUCAAGUUACACGGAAAAAUUAUCAAUGCUGUUUACUCUAGCUGGGAAUCCUCGAACUUGUGAGCUUCUCCUGUUUGGCAAAAUAGUAUAUAUGACAACGUGCCGUCGUAGCUCUUCCUGCGAGAUCCAUUCCCUUGCUGAAGAGAAACAGUUUCGGUGGCACGACCCUUCUUUUCAUUACAUUAUCUGCGCAAUUCGUCGAGGAACCAAUGCUGCAUCAACUGAUUUUGUUAAAUCUUUUCAUUACUUAUACAUAGGGUCAGAAAGCCAUGGAACAAAGGGUUGCUUCUCUCUUAUUUGGAUUCUUGAAAGGAUUUCAGAAAUUUUACCGAAGCAAUGGAGAUUGGUGCCUACUGCCCUCCCAUGGAAGUAAUACUGUAAUUGCUUGAACUUUUGCUACACUAUUGGGGCUAUAUAUAUAUGCCAUCUGGCUAAUAGGAAUCAUGAGGAUCAUUUGGCUAGCUAAUUGUGUCGAAUCUGAGUAAAUGGCAUGGCUUUGUUGAUGAAUAGUAGUUUGGUAAUUAAUCUGCUGCUCGCUGUAUUUUGAUUUGUAGUUCUUUUCUGGAAGGGUUUCUUGAAAUUUAUUUGUUAUAGAAACAGCCUUCACAGGGUAGAAAAUCUUGAAAAUUGUCUGCUUUC